CUCAUUCCCGCGAGCAAGAACCCUAAACCCAGGUUUUACGAGGCCUCGAGUUCGAUUCCUUGGGCGAGACCGAUUCAAACGUAGGAGGUCUGGUGAUCGAUUCCUUGGGCGUACAAUCUUAGGGCGAGACCGAUUCCAGGUUCGAAUCCCUGGGAAACAAUAAAAAAUGUAGGGUUUGUACUCUUUAGAUUAGACGCAAUGAAAGCAUGCAGCUGAUCGGUCGAGAUGGAGCGCGGCCGGAAUCGCGGCGCUGCCAACGCUGCGGCAUCGCAAUCGCAAUCGCAAUCGCAAUCGUCUCCAGCGCGCGCGUCGGCGUCGAGGUUGAAUCUCUCUGUUGCGUGUAUUUGGAUGGGGAAUGCGAUUUCUGCGUGGAUUCCAGGCGCAAGGAUGGAGCUGGAGGUCGGCUGGGGAGUCUCCAGAACGCUCUAGGCCGGCAUGUCGACAGGGCGAUCUCGGGAAUCCACAAGCUCGUGAAUGAGAGCCCCGAAAUACAAGCGCUGAGGUCUUCUAGACAGAGCGCGAAUGGAGAGCUCCCAGGCACCGAUUCCACAUCAUCCAGCGACGAAAUCUCUUGGAAGGAUUUGUAUCGGAUAAACUGGACGCCAAAGGAGCUGCGAGUGAAAUUCCGGCAGCAAAUGGAGGGGUACCAGCUUGGUGCCAACUUUGAGGUAGUAAGGGAUGAGUUUGAUGGGAUCCAAGAGCACGGGUGCAACACCAAGAUCGUGCUCAAGCCCGUCGGGAACGAUCCAAAGUGGAAGCUCAUGUUUGAGCCCAAGCAAGGAGAUAUCCGGCUCAUCACAAGGAAAAUCCCGAUUGGACCGCUCCUAAGUUUCCAGGUUGGGCUAGGACACGACUUUCGCAGCAGAAAAAGUGGCUGGAAAUGGAGAGUGACAUCGUCCCUGGGCGAUUGUUGGCCAGCGCAAAUCAAGCAAAAGACAAGACUGGCAAUCUGUCCCGGGUUUGAUGUUAGAGUUGGAUGGAACGCGGAAUACGUCCUACCAGAUGUUCAUGGGUCCAUGGGAGUGGGAGAACCUCCGGUGGGAUUGGAUCUGGGACAUCUCAGUGCAUCGCUAGAUCGAGUGGAAGCCAUAUUCACGCACGCAACGUGAGAGGUAUAGCUUGUAGGUACGCGCAUUCUUUCUGUACAGUAAAUUCUCUGUGGUCGAAGUUACGUAAAGAACGAAUCGGCGCAGCUGGAUUUUUCCAGGCACUGCACGCUUUUGUAAGUGAAAACUUCUUUAGAUUUCCUGAGGCUUAUUUACUUCC